UAUAUGUAUUGUUGAAUUUAUUCUCACUCCUUCUGGCCAAGUCACACUGGUCUAGGUACCAGCGGUAACAAGCCGCUUGAUAACUUGUUCUUGAUUGCAUCAGUAGGUUUUGGAUGCAUGCUCGUAUCAGGCAGGAAUAAUUACACGCACUCACAAGACAAGUAUUACGUCUCAUUUUACCUGACGAUCCUGUCUACAUCUGAACGGGUUAACACAUUACAUGGUGAUCCAGCCAUUACAUUGAUUGAAUAUUGCCCAUACAUCCAUUUAUACAUUACAUGGCGAUCCUGCCAUUCAUUACACUAGUUCCAUUACAAAGAAGUUACAUUACAUGGCAAUCAUUACAUUACAUGGCAAUCCUGCCAUUACAUGGCGAUCCUGCAGGCUUCAGUGCCAAGCGGACCAAUUAGAAACUAUACCAUUUGAAUUAAUUGAAAUCAACACGAUAUGGUAGAUGAAGCGACCUUCCACGCAAUUUUUCGCAAAUACGAAUUGAUACUUCAAGCGACGAAUACAAAAUCAGAAGAAUACGUUCCAGAACAAGUGGUGCAACACGAAGAAGCAUAUCCGACGUAUGUACCAACACCACGGUCAGCCGGCCCAAAAGCAAUUACAAUAGAAGAAUACAAAAGGCGACAAGAGGCAAGAAAAAGACCUACCACACCUGUCAAUCCACCACCAAAAAAGAAGCCAAACAGACGGAGAGGAAAAGCAUUCCGCCAACGAAAGCAAAUUGCUCAACUGUACGAGAGGUACAAC